AUGCAACGCCCGGCCGACACUGAAAGCAGGAUUUGGAGAGUGAGAUGACGGAGAAACACCGUAACCUGCUCAGAGCCAGUGAAGACAGCCGCGUGCAGCCAGCGUGGAAGCGCAUGGGCCAGCUGCCAACAGUGUUUUAAGCCCGUGGUCCGUGCGCUGACACCCAUGCCCACUCGGCUUAGACACACUACUGCUCUCUUCUGACCCUCUCUUUGUUUCCUGCCACACCGUCCAAACGAUCCAAGUAAUAAGCACGCAUCGCCGCCGCCUCUCGUUGAUCACACACUGAUCAUUUCCCACCGCGCCGUCCCCGCCACCGCAGCCGACGACACCACAACAACAACACCCCCAUACCACUCCCUCCCUCGACCAGCUAUCAGCAACCGUCGCCCGACGCCCGACGCUCGACGCGCUGAUACCAUAUCGCAGCUUUCUUGCCUCGUCAAGAAAGCUUACGAUACCGGCAAAAGCAUCCAUGGCCCACGCUCCAUCCGCCGCGAUUGCCAUGGCAUCGCACACCCCCUCUGUCGCUAUUCCGAGCGUGCGCGACACCGCCGACCACUCUGGCACCGCGCACUUCGAGAAGCGCGGUGCAGCCCUGCUGAUAACACCACCCCACUCCGUCAGCCCGGAAUUGGCAGCUCACGCGGCCCGGUCAGGUGCCAUGUCUCCGCCGCCCAUCAACAUCGAGCAGGACACCGACAUGCAGGAUGACACGUCCGAUGUUUGCAAAAUCCCGAGUGCUGGCGUGCCUCUCAGCAAAGGCGCACUGUCCAACCUCGAUGGCGCAGCGGCAAUUACCCCAAGCAUGCUUGCCAAGCAUCACCUGCCGGGCAUCAUGCUGGGUAAUGGCCCGCGGCCAAUACGCCAUGUCAUCGGCGAGCUUACGCAAACCGUGCCUGGCUUCUCUCGCAUCCCUCCUGCCAAGGCCCGUCGCAUUGUUGUUGCUGCUCUGGAAAGUCGCGAGGGUGGUGGCGUUGAUGGUAGCAUCGCCUUCAGCAAGACUGGCUGGGGACGCUGGGACGCUCACAUCAAAGGCUCUUCCCGGGACUCCGGUAUUGGCUCCUUCAACGAAGGCCAUCUCUCCCCGCCACGAAGCGAACAUGGCAGUUAUGCUGUCUCGCAUAGCGACUCGGCCAUCAACAUCCCUGCUCAACACAUGCAUUCCAGGUACCGAGAGCAUUACUCUGGUGGCAGCUGGACCGCCUCUAGCUUGCGAGAGGAGGACGAGCUGGACAUGGACAUGGAUCCCAUCGAAGAGGCUGCCGACAACAUGUCAUUGGACGGCAGCACGAGCGAGAGCUCGGAUUCGACAAACGAUGAAACCGACGAGGAGGACUGGGCUGCUAUCGGUGUCGAUGCGUUGCGGAAGGCUUCAUUGCCCACUUCCAACGUCAACCGCCCAGCCUAUCGCAAAGUCAGCGUUCCUUACACCGGACGUUUUGUCUCAAAGAGCUGGACUCGUCCACCAUCAGUGCCCGUUGACCGGACCUCUCAACAGGUAUCGCAAUCUUUUGGCGGCAACCAUGGCAUCCAUCCCGCUAUGCAAUCGCCGGAGGAACGGGCUGCCGUGGCAGCCUUAAUGAGCAUGGGCAGCAUGUGAGCUUAGUCUCAUUGGAGUUUUUCUUUUUUGGAGUUUUUAUGGGUCCCACGAGUCAAGUCGACGACCUCUUUUUCAUGAACGACACUGGGCACCGGUCUUCGCAAGUCAAGUGCUGACGGAAGAUUCUCGGAUUGACACGGGUGGCGUUCUUUCUCUCUCACAUCACAUCUCUCAUCGACCUUUUCCUCUUGGACAGAUACCCAAUUUGUUUUACUGGCAUCACGAAUUUCGGAAUUCUCUGGGAACACUGGACCAGAGACCGACACUGGGCACCAGCCUUCGCCACGUCAAGUGCUGACGGAGCGAGGGUCCUGGAUUGACAUUGGGUGGCGGCAUUUCGAAAUGAACAACAUCAACGACAUUUACCACAACGACGAACACAAACACACACCACACUGGCCAUUGGCGGCCCACAACAUAUUACGACUUCACUUCUCUCUGAAGAGCCUAUCGCCCGCAUGGACGAAAGUCGCGAAUGAAUGGCUUUUCAACACAGUUCACAUUUAUCAGCCUCAGCAAGAUAACUCUGGAUAAACGAUGAUAAUCUUGAGCUCCCGCCGAAUGGUUGAGCUCGAUGGAGUGACUUCCAAUCUGACUUGCUUGUUCCUGCAUUGGAGUUGGCUCGGGCUUUGGUUGUAGGGAAACGGGGGAUGAUGCUGGAUUGCUUUACCAAAAAGCAAAAUGCGGAUUUCAACACUACUCGGAGGCUGAACGACUGUUUUUCUUCUCGAUUGAGAAACAGCUGGUCUCUCGCACGCCUGGCGCUGCGGCUGGUCUGUGUCCUCUUCAAUGAAGGUACGCGCGGCUAUUAGUCAGAGCAGAGACAGCAAUUGUAUGUAUUUGACAGUACUGCUUUAAUCAAAUUUGGUUCUUGCAGGCCAAAAACACCUCGAUCAU